AUGGCCACUUCAUUAGGGACACAAGAUUAUCAUGACUGUCAGUUCUUCCGCCCUCCAGUGCUGCCCGCCAACUAUCGGCCCGUUCAUCAUUUUCGACCCCCAGUGGAGAUCUCACAUGUGACCGGGGUCAGUGCGGCACUGGCCGAAGCUCUGAAGUCAUCCAGGGGCCACAUGGUGAAGGAGGAGCCUCCACAGGGAGGACGUCAUCAGUUGGUGUCCGGCCAGAGAAUGGCGAUGCUGGGAGAAGACUCCUUAAAAGGUCCCACUUCAGUCAUGGAUCUGCUAAGGCCUGAAGACAGAGAGCGACUGCUCCGCCUCCGCGCCGCUUCUGGCGCCGUUCCGACAACGGCCCCUGCCCCGACUACCGACCCUGCCCCGACAACCGCCCCCCCCCAUAAUACCAUGCGCCCUGUCGCCCCGAUGCCCCUAAGUGGGGCUGGCGGCGCCGCGUCCUCCAGUUUGAAGCAGCAGCAGGACGCCAUGGCGGCGUGGAAAGGACACACCACCUCGCACGCGUUCAAGCCCUUUGAGGAGAACGCCAGCAAGCAAGCUCGCUACAGCUUGUAUCUGAGCCGCCUCCAGCAGGGAGAAAAAGACGCCCUCGGCCAAAGUUUGGAUCCGGCCAUGACGGAGUGGGAGCGCAGCCGGGAAGGGGAUGAGUUUGUCCGAGCCUCCAUCUUGUACCGACCCAUCUCUUCCGUGCUGUCGAGUCGCUUCACUCGAGCCAAAACCCAGGAAGACGACGAGAAUGUGGAAGUAGACCGAGACCAGGAGCGUGACCUCAAUGACAAACAAGCUGCUGUCAGGAUGAAAAUGUUUGGACAACUCACCAGAGAAACCUUUGAAUGGCAUCCUGAUAAACUUUUGUGCAGAAGAUUCAACGUGCCCGACCCUUACUCUGGGUCUUCCACAGUUGGUCUUCCCCAAGUGAAGCGAGACAAGUUUUCUGUCUUCAACUUCCUGUCAGUGACAGAGAGCAGCGGAAGCACAGCCCCAGCAAAGGCUCUGCAGACCGUCAAGAAGUCCAGAUGGGACCAGGAGGCGGAUAAGAACGACCCGCUCGAUCACCUGAUCAGCGAGGCCAGAGAGCAAACAAGUGACGCCACUUUAGACCAAGCGACCGAAGCAUCGCCCAGUACAAUUUCUGAGCCGGCUGCGGACAACAAAACAAAGGAACGUAAUAAUGGCAACGAGGAUGAGAGUGAGGACGACGACGAGGAGGAGGAGGACGAGGACGAGGACAAGGAAGAAGAAGUGGAGGAGGAGAGCCGACCCCCCAUGGACUUGUUCAAGGCCAUCUUUGCCAGCUCAUCAGACGAAAAAUCCUCUUCGUCCGAUGAAGACGGUGAGGAGGAGGAGCCAAAAGAGGAAGAAGUCAAGUCGCAGCCGACAAACCUCUUCAACAUCUCGUCGUCUUCCUCCGUCACGAGCACCGCCACGAGCACCAUCACCAGCACCGUCACCAGCACCGUGAUGAGCACCGUGACGACGUCCUCGCAGCAGACCACGGCCGUUUCCUGUCACAUGCCAUCAGAGGAAGUGCUCGAGUUCGGUCCCAAGCUACCGCCUCCAUGGCUCGGCCCAGCCAAAGUGGGCGCUACUUCCCCCAAUGAGUGGGAGAGGAAUAAAGACAGGAAACACAAGAACAAGAAGCAACACAAACACAAAAAAGACAAGAAGAAGAAGAAAGCCAAGAAGCACAAACACAAAGUGAAGCAGGAGAAGAAGAAGAGGAAGAAGAAGGAGCAGAUGUCCUCCAGCAGCUCAGAGCAGAGUAAUGACGAUGACGACGACGAAGAGGUGCUGUCCACCGAGGACAUACUGAAAAGGCUGAAGAGCGUCACAUCAUCAACAUCAUCACUGGCAGCAAAGUGACCUAUGACCCCCAUCACGGAUGAACAUUCUAAUGACUUUUAGAAAGAACUGACCUGACGACAUCAUCACGUGAAUAAAACCUAUUUUUUAUCGUUUGACGGCAGUAAAUAAACGACACAAUUCACAAAGAUCUUCAUCAUCAAUGCGAGGCUCAUCAGAAGACGCUCUGCUGCAGACAGCGGCAGCCGCAUCCCGCCGGGCACUCGUCCUGGCGGCGGAACCAGUCCAUCAUGUGACCCGUGUGACCGCCGUGACCGCAGCUUAGGCAGAAGUGGGAGGAGCCACGCACGGCCACGUGGCACACGGCGCACUGGAAGGUAAGGCGCCUGCACACGGCGCACUGCGUCCCCCGCACCUGGCUGCGACAGUGGCAGCAGAACACGCCAAACUCUGCGCCGAGACAGACGGGAUUUUAGCGUUGGUACAGGACGGACAGGAAGUCGGCAACGUACCGACUCCUUGGUGCGGCUCCGGGGGACAGGAAGCAAACUUGAGAACGUCGGCUCGUUUGUCUCGUAGACCCCAGCGGUACAAGAUUUCCCCGUAACACUUCUUGAAGUCGUCAAACUGCAGCGUGUUGGUCGGGUCUAAAAGCCUGCAGGGGACAGGAAGUGACAUCACUUUGGGGGUGGUAUAGCUCGGUUGGUAGAGUGGCCGUGCCAGAAACUUGAGGGUUCCAGGUUCGAUCCCCGCUUACGCCAUCCUCGUCACUGCCGUCGUGUCCUUGGGCAAGACACUUUACCCACCUGCUCCCAGUGCCACCCACACUGGUUUAAAUGUAACUUAGAUAUUGGGUUUCACUAUGUAAAAGCGCUUUGAGUCACUAGAGAAAAAAGCGCUAUGUACCGUAUUUCCUUGAAUAGCCGCAGAGGCGCUAAUUAAUUUAAAACCUCCUGUCACUCCGGCGCUUACCAGAAGCCUGCGGGAUGGCCAAGCAUGCGCUAAUUAUUUUAAAACCUCUUCUCACUCCGGUGCUUACCUUAUCAUGAAAAGCACAUUUAAUUAAAAAAAAACGUUAUUAUUGUCUUACCUUUAGGUAUAAAUGAGUCCAUGCCAGCUCCUUUUGAAGAAAAGCAUCGAUAUAGAAGUCUUCCUUAUCUUUUUUCAGCUUUAAAAGUCUCUCUGUCUCGAUGGAGAUCUUCCUUUUAAGUAUUACCUCCUGCUUCGAUUGAAAGUCCAGUUUAGAAAACUGUUUUAUUUUAGAUAUUUAAUCCUCCAUGGUAAAAGUCCAAGCAAACAAUGGCUGUGCACUCUUGCUGCCGGUUGUCUUCUUCUGCUGCACGGGUCUUCUGCAGUACCAGCAGUCGCAAGAACAAUCACUAGCGCCCUCUACCACCA